AUGGCAUCCUCUGGCAGCAAACGGUGGAGUGAGGCUGGACCAUCAGCCAACUCCUGGCGAAGUCGAACCUGCUCCUCCUCCUCCUCUUCUUCUUCAUUUUCAUCAUCAUCAUUACCAUCAUCCGACUCCUGGAGAAGUCGAUCCUCCUCCUCCUCCUCCUCCUCAUCAUCAUCAUCAUCAUCAUCAUCAUUACCAUCACUACCACCACCAAAGUCCCAGAACUCAUGGGCAACCGCAAACAACUGGCGGAGUGGCUCCCCAGUAAAGUCCCUUAACAAGCCGGUAACAAUACCGGAUUUCGAUAAACUCAUAGAGGGGCAGGUUUUAUACCUCGGUGUACCUCCUCCGAGCUCCAUCUUCUGGCAACGCCAGGAUUCGUCCUCUCCAGAGAGGCAUCCAGUGGUGAUUGUCGGAAAGUACCGGGGCAAGGACGGAGAAGGAUGCGUCAAGGUCCGACUGGUGACGAGUUUCGGUGGCCAGCGGCUUCAAGACAAGAAGCCAUUCUGGCAGUGGAAGUUUUUUAUGCUCUGUGAGAACUCACAGGAGCAGGCCCAAACGGAAGAGGUCCGUCUGGCCAAAGUGGCAUCUGGUUGUGACGCGUUCAAGAAGCGCUGUUACGUCAAUCUCAGCCCAAACUCGCUUUACCAUAUCGAGUACAAGCACCUGGGUAUUUUCGCUACCCAGCCAAACAUCAGGUUUGACAACCUGUCAACAAGCGAGAUCAAGAAUGCUCCAGCGAACUGCUAG